AGAGUAAUUUGUUGAUAUCCUGCUUGGUAGUAUUAAUUUAGACUUUGGUAUUUCAAAGCAACAUUUACCCCCACUGUAGGGUUUUUUAUUUGCAUUUGGCAGCACAGUUAAUAAGAACGUUAUAUAUAUGAAGGGCUAAUGGAAGACACAAGGGAUUUGGAUGCCACCUGUGAUACCAAGAGGAGGAAGUAGACAGGCUGUCAACAGUAAACAUUAAACCCCGCUCCGGAUCAUACACACAGUGAGCAAGACGCUGAACGCACCCCACGUUCAGAGCGCAAGCGGAGAGACUCGUUCGGGAUGUUUGAUGGCUAUGACAGCUGCAGUGAGGAGUCUACCAGCAGCUCCAGCUCAGAGGACAGCGAGGACGAGGUGAUGCCCUCCAUCCCGGCCAGCCUGCCCAUCAUCAAGAACAAUGGACAAGUUUACACUUACCCUGACGGAAAGGCUGGAAUGGCCACUUGUGAGAUGUGUGGGAUGGUUGGAGUACGAGAUGCUUUUUACUCAAAAACCAAGCGCUUCUGCAGUGUGUCAUGUUCUAGGAGUUAUUCCUCAAAUUCCAAAAAAGCUAGCAUCUUGGCACGACUCCAGGGCAAACCACCAACAAAAAAGGCCAAAGUCUUACAGAAACAGCCCCUCAUGGCAAAGUUGGCUGCUUACGCCCAGUACCAAGCGAGUCAGCAGAACCAGGCCAAAUCAAAAGCAGUGGUCCCUGCAGAGAGCUUUGACUGGGGUCGGUAUAUCUGUAGCAAUGACACAGUUGGAGCUCCAGUCAGCUGUUUCAAGCAUGCCCCCAUGGGGACAUGCUGGGGGGGCAUAGAGGAAGGAGUGAGGCUUGAAGUGCCCAACUCUGAUACCAACCUCUCCACUAAGGUGUACUGGAUAGCAGAAAUCAUUAAGCUAGCAGGGUUCAAGGCUCUCCUGCGGUAUGAGGGCUUCGACAGCGACACCAGUAAAGACUAUUGGUGUGAUCUCUGCGUCCCGGAGGUGCACCCGGUGGGAUGGUGCGCUUCCAGUGGCAAACCUCUUAUACCUCCAAAAACCAUACAGCAUAAAUACUCUAACUGGAAAGCUGUUCUUGUGAAGCGCCUCACUGGAGCUAAAACACUGCCACCGGACUUUAAUACCAAGGUACAAGAGAACCUGCAGUUCCCCUUUAAGAAGCUGAUGCGGGUGGAGGUGGUGGAUAAGAACUACCUGUGCCGGACACGGGUGGCGCUGGUGGAGCAGGUGAUCGGGGGACGCCUCAGGCUGGUUUAUGAGGAGAGCCAGGACGGGUCGGAUGACUUCUGGUGCCACAUGUACAGCCCCCUCAUUCAUAAUAUAGGCUGGUCGCGCAGCAUCGGACACCGCUUCAAACGAUCCGAUUUCACAAAGAAAAUGGAGGGUCAAGUUGAUGCUCCUGCACUGCAUUUCCAGAAGGUGAAAGAUGUAGACCAGAGUGGGGAUUGGUUCAAAGAUGGGAUGAAGAUAGAAGCCAUUGAUCCCCUCAACCUCUCAGCUAUAUGUGUAGCCACUGUAAGAAAGGUGUUGGCAGACGGGUACCUCAUGAUCGGGAUUGAUGGUUCUGAGGCGGUGGACGGGUCAGACUGGUUCUGCUACCACGGCACCUCCCCCUCCAUCUACCCUGUCGGCUUCUGUGAAAUCAACAACAUUGAACUCACGCCCUCUAGAGGGUACACUAAACUGCCAUUUAAAUGGUUUGACUACCUCAGAGAAACAGGUUCAAUAGCUGCUCCUGUCAAGCUCUUUACCAAGGAGAUUCCUAAUCACGGUUUCCGGCAAGGCAUGAAGCUGGAGGCUGUAGAUCUAAUGGAGCCUCGGCUGGUGUGUGUUGCCACGGUGACGAGGAUUGUGCACCGGCUACUGAGGAUCCACUUUGACGGCUGGGAGGAUGAGUAUGACCAGUGGGUGGACUGCGAGUCACCUGACCUCUACCCUGUGGGCUGGUGUCAGCUGACCGGCUACCAGUUGCAACCCCCCGCCUCACAGAGUACCAGAGAUCUGCCUCAGUCUGUACCCAAACAGAAGAAGAAGGCCCAGCAGUACAAAGGCCAAAAGAAAAAGAGGAAGAUUCCAGUUGGUCGACGGCCCUUCAGUCAGACCGGCAGGAGGAGGAGCAGCUUCUCCGGAGACGAAGAGCAGAGCCCCCCCCCUUACCCUGCACAGGGGCCGUCUCGGCCACGGCCCCGACCCAGAACACACCUGCACCAAACACACAAAUCAGAGCCUCUCCUGAGGAUGAAGGAGGACCCGGCGGAGGUGGACGAGUUCACCUUCUCACAGGGCACCUCGGACCAGGAGAGCAACGGCUCCGGCAGCUACUACAUCAAACAGGAGCCCUGAGGGCAGGACCAGCAGGAGCAGGGGGGCAGGACUCUCCUCUGGGACCCGAGGAUCAGGGAGGUGCAGAGUCAACCAGCCUCAAACCACACUCAGACCAACGCCUCAGGCCUUCAUGGAGUCCGUACAGGAAAUGGCGAGGAGGGGGGGGGGCUGUUCCAGGCUUCAGGGGGGUGUUCCCUUCAGGAUUUCUCAGAAGCGUUUUCUAACCUUGUAGCUGCACAUCACUCACUAAACCUGGGUCACAUGUUCGGGCGUUCUCUUCGGACCACCUACGGAUGACAUCAUGUUGUCUUAACAUCCAAUCAGAUGAGAGAUACUUGGAUCUUUUUCCACAGAAAUGGGAGUCCUGCGUGUGGACAGCCCCCCCUGCCUCUGCCACACUGGGCCGUGCACAGAGACCUGCAGAAACUGUGAGAACCUUUAAUUGAGCCAGGUCUUUAAUGUUGUAUUUCCGUUGUGUUGUUUUCAGGUGAGUCGGCAGUGAGCGGCCGUCACAGAGUUGUGUAUAUUUUCAUGUUUUCCUUCUGACAAUAUUGCCAGCUGGACUUAUACUUUGUUAAUAGUACUUGAAGUUUUUCUUUAUAUGGUAAUGAUUUUGGAGUUGCUUUCGUCUUAAUGUAAUUAUUUUGCAUCUGGCUUUUUGGUGGCUGUGUGGGAACCUUAAUGUGCAUUGUUUCAUAAAGUGAUUAUAUCCAUAUAGUAUGUGGACACCUGUUCAAGUAGAAGUACAGAGUAUAGGUGUAACUGUGGUGAGAGAGAGAUCUUAGUACAGUGCUGCUCAGCGUCACUCAUAUUGCUCUUUUGAUUUCAAUUCUUACACAUUCGGCCAGGAGAUUUCCACAGCUUCAGAAAUGUCUGAUUCAAUCAUUCGGGCACAAAAACAACAAUAUCACAAAAUCAUUCAUGGUAACACCUGGGAUCCUUUCAAGUCGGCACAAUGAAACGGAUGAUGUCAAACAUUCAGGCUGCUACUAUACUUUAUUUGUUGAUGAAUACUUGGAGAGAUAUAUAUAUAUAUACACACAGUCAGGGUUAUUUCACACAGAUGUAAGGUGUUUUCAAAUGGAUUGUAAAAUUGUUGUUAAAUUGUAAAAGUAAUCCACAAUCCACAUUGAAUCAUCACAUAGAUCUGGCACCGUACAGUUGCCUUUCACUAACUGUACAUUUCCACUUGUGAAUAUGCUGCAGCUAUAUUAAGUCCAUUCAACUCUUAUUUCCACUUUUGAACUUUUCCAAUUCCCCAGACUAGCACCUUCCCUCUGCUGUCCUGCUAGCGCAGCUGCCUGUAGAUCACUAUAGAGGACAUGAUCUAGGAUUAGCCUGGCAUAAGAUGAUCAGGAGCGCACCAUCUGAUGAGGUCACAGUGAUCAGUGUGAUGUUGAACAGGAAUGCUGAAGCUGUGGAGAUGAACGGUGAUCUGCAGGGUGUGUGUAUCAGAGAGAAACCUUACUGGUAUGAUGGGUACACACUCACAUGUUCUCACUGUCCACACUGCAACAUGUGGAGCCCCCACUCACCUCUGUGCAGUCUGCAGUAUGCCACAGAUUUAUAGACACAAUCAGCAUAACAUGACACUCAAUUCAAAGUAGAAAGCAAUUAUAAUGCAUUCAAAAACUAGAUAGAAAUGUAUUAAUACUUCUAUUUCCUUAUAUAGAUUGAAUUGGAUUUCAAGGUGCUAUAUCAGAAUAGAUUUCUCUUUAAAGAACUACCAACCACACCGUGCCUUCAUCUGCGGCAGCUCUGUGUAUGUUAUAGAUGGCACACUGAUAUUAUAUUCACUUAUCAGAAUACACGUAUUUGAAGAUGGAAAAAGAAAGCAAAUGCAUAAUUGCUUUGCAAUGCUUGUAUUGAUUGACUGAUGCUGAGAUGUGGCAAACUGCAGGCUAUACUUCAGCAAUUGUAGCAUCAAGCUUUGGUUUCUGUCAUUGAAAAUAAGAGGUUGUCCAAAUGGGAAAUAUGUUCAAUAUUUGAUUAGGUUAAUAUGCAAAUCCUUCAUGUUGUUGUAUUGUGUAGGUUGUUCUCAUGUCGGAGCCAUAUGUAUGCAAGCUAGUUUAGAAUCACCUGAGCCACACAAUAACAGGUCUGUGCAUAAUGAAACAUGCUUUCCAAUACUCUGAGGGCAGCCUCACAUUACACCGCAGGAUCAACAAGUGGCAUAAAUACAUACAUAUUAUAUAUAUAUAUACACACACACAUAUAUAUAUAUUCUUCAUGACUAUGAUGGUAUGGAGUCCUGAUAAGUCGGAGCUCCAUGACAAUAUUCCUUUGACUCUUCUUGGAGCUAGAUCUCUGCAGCUGAUUAUCUUCUACCUCCUGAUGCUAGCCACGUUAGCUCAAACAGUGUGAAACAGACUGUGUUUGUUAGCAUAUGCAAAUGAAAAUGAUUUCCUAAACACGCUCCAGGUGAAGACUACACACCAAACACGGAAGAAUUUUAUCACAGCACAUAAGUCAGUCUUCGAAUUUGAAUGUUAUGCAAUAAUAAUAGAUGGCAUAUAAUUUUGUGAAAUAAAACAUAUAGCACCGUCAAAUGUCAUGAUCACUACAUUAAUAUAAUUAACAUAUGAGAGGAUUUAACAAAAUGCUAUUGUAUAACUGUGAUUUUUGUGAGCGAGGGUUCAUACGUACUGGCUCUCUGAUCUAAAUCCAUCAUCUCUACCAGUAAGGUUCAUGGGGACAUUCUCAGGAAGUCUGUGAAGCUCAGUCUACAUCAUCUGCGUCUGAUGUAUGGAAGCUAGGAAGUGCCAUAACAAUCCCAGAGCUUUGAAGCAAAUGAAAAAGAACUUGUGGAAUGUACCCACUAUAUGAUACACAUGUUGAAGCAUGAAUACCACUGAGCUCAUUUAUAGCAGCUGUUUGACCUGCUGUCUGAAUGAACCUGACCUUAAUUCCAAUCUUUGUAUUUUUAUUUAACGCAAUUCUUUCUUCUUCAAGGGUGUAUAAAAUGACAAUAAAACAUUUUAUCCCAAUAAUUUUUAAAUAUACAAUUUAUAGUGAAAGUCAGACUUUAAUCUUGUGUUCAUUUAUUAUAUAUGAACAAGAUUUUAAAAAGAAAUAAUUAACUAAGUGUUAUUUCCCCACAAGAUAAAUAUAUUUUGAGAUGUUAAUCGCAACGUUCAAGCUGAACAUAUUCAGACUUUAGAGCCCACAAUUCAUGAAAUCAAUAUAUAUAUAUAUAUAUAAAUUCAGUGUUAUUUAAAUGUGACAUUCACUUUCAAUAGUGGUUACAUUUUACAUCAGCUAUUCAUUUUCUUCAUAGUUUUAAUUAUUAUGGCGCUAUUUGCUUCCAUACGAUUCAAGCAAAAAAGGUCUUAUCUCACAAAGCAAUUGAUGUAUUUCUGCUCAUGUUUUGUAGCUUUUUAAUGUCCUUAUUCUACAUCUGAGUGAUGUGUGUAUUUUCUUGUCUUACUAGAUGUGAGAUUUGUUCACCACCAGUUUGUUUUGAAGUCUCAGCUGAAGGCUUCUCAGACCAAAUGAGCAAUAACAGACCGUGUCUCACAAUCAUCGGAGGUUCAGGUUAGGAUCUGUCACAGGAGUGAUUCUCCAUCAUGUUGGAGGCAGAACAACGUAAUGACCAAACUGCAUUGAUAUCUUAGUAGAAGAGAAGAAAAAGACUGUUCUAUGGACUAACUGCUGCUACCCUCGAGAGUAACCCUGAAUAAUGCACAAUCAACACUGUUUUGGAUCUUCACUUUCUCACCUUUCCUUGUAGAUAUUUCACUUCCUUGUUUCCUCCUGAUCCUCGAUUCUAAACAUGGAACACGUUCGACGUCCAUCACGGGUAGCUGAGUGUUGGUGUUUGGGUUCAGUAGCUGGGAUGGUGGAUCAUGUGAAUGCAUGUAGAGGAACGCUUUGUGCUGAUGUCGUGUUUCUUUGUUGUUGUUUGUUCUCCAGCCUGCUCUUGCUCUGUCAGCAGAAAGUAUGGAAGCCCCUUUCCACCGAGAAAUGAAAGGAACAAAAAGAUUUAAAGACAUUUCAAAUGAUGAGAUUCCAAUUAAAAAUGUGUUACCAAGGCAACAUUUAGGCUCAUACAUACUUUGCAUAUUAUUUUGAGUACCAAAUACGCAGUUUUCUUGGUGUCCACGGACCACAAUUGUUAAGUUUUUCACAUUUCGUAAUUUUGACCCUUUAAAAAGAAAAAAACCUAACCUUAACCUUUAGUUUACAUCGUACAUCUUGGCCAUUUUGGCCAUCUCAUAAUUUUGAUGAAGUAUUUAGUCUCGUUGACCCACUUUUAUCAUUUUGGAAUUCAGGUUAGGUUAGGGCCACAUCUCAUGAAAAACGACAUCAUUACAUGCUAACUGGCUAAUGCUAGCUGUGAUUCUUCCCCUGGUGGUGAGGGGCUUCCAAAGAGACGUGUGAGGAGCGGGCUGUGGUUAUAUAAUUGGUUUUUUUCUUGGAUACUAACACGGGUCUUUUGUAAGUGAUAGCCCCCCCUCCCCCAAUUAUAUUAAACCAUUAUAUCGUGGUGCUAUAUAUAUAUAUAUAUAUUUGAUAAAAAUGACUUAAUGUAUUGCGAUUACUAUUGUCUGAAAAUAAUUGUGAGUUGAGAGGGUUAUGGUGAAAAUAUAUUUUGGAUACAAAUGAAAAAAAAAAAGAUCUAUGUUAAUAAUUAUAAAUCUAUUGAUAUUAACACUGACCCCCGUGGUACAUUAUUAGAUUGCAGUUUAAAGUUUGUACAUCUUUUUGAUAGUGUAUACCAUGUUUUCCUUUCAUAUGGUCACUUCGUGCUGUGAUGGAGCUUUGAUAGACUUUGUAAAUAAAGCCAAAUGUUGGAUCAUGUUAUCGGUUGUGAUGGAUGGCUUCUUUGUUUACAAAAUGUUUCCGCAUGGCUGUGAAAGUUUAUCUGGUGAUUUUUGUAAGAUUUGACUUUUACACUGAAUAAAAAGGCUUAUGACUUCCAA